CUGUCAUCUGCUCGCUCGAUUUGACUUGACAUUUGCUUGCUCGAGAAUUUCUUACUCGCAAUCCUGUGAGAGUUGUUUCCAUUCAGCUGGACAUUUAACGCCAAUUUUUCCACUAAAAAUGUCUUACGUUGCCAGAAAAGGUCCCCGAGUUAUGUCUGCUCUCGGACGGUGGGCUUACAACUGGUCUGGAUUCAACCAAUACGGUCUACACCGAGACGAUUGCCUGUACGAGGACGACGACGUGCAGGAGGCCAUCCGUCGUCUGCCGGAGAAGCUGAAGGACGAACGAAACUACCGCAUCAUGCGGGCGCUCCAGCUCUCGAUGACCAAGACCAUCCUGCCGAAGGAACAGUGGACCAAGUACGAGGAGGAUGUCAAGUAUCUGGAACCGUACCUGGAAGAGGUUAAGCGCGAACGCGACGAAAUUAACAAGUGGGAGUCGAACAAUUGAAGAAGCUUGUCACUCGGGGGAUGCUGAGUGGAAGGUGAUCAGAAUAAAAAACUAGGGAGAUACAUUAAAAAUUGGUAAGAUUACAAAA